AUGGCUCCCUAUGAGGCUCUGUAUGGGCGAAGGUGUAGAUCGCCUAUUGGUUGCUUUGAGGUCGGUGAAGCCAAGUUGAUAGGGCUAGACUUGGUCCAUCAAGCCAUGGAGAAGGUGAAGAUUAUCCAGGAAAGGCAAAAAACAACUCUGAGUCUUCAAAAAUCCUAUACAGAUGUUAGGGAAAGUGACUUAGAAUUUGAAGUUGAUGAUUUGGUCUACCUGAGGAGGGCUUGCAAUAUAGCUUAUGAGUUGGAGCUACCUUCAGAAUUAGCAACAGUUCAUCUGAUGGUUAUUGUAUCCAUGCCAAAGAAAUGUAUGGGUGAUCCUUCACUCAUAGUACCUACUGGAAAUAUUUGUAUUAAGGACAACCUAUAUUAUGAAGAAAUACCUAUUCAGAUCCUUGAUCGUCAGGACAACCUAUAUCUAGCAGGGUUUGCAAUAUAA